AUGAAUCUAACAAGCCGUCCGAUCAACAACAGAUUUUUCCAGCUCCGUCGUCUUCGUCCUUGCCGCUCAAACUUCUUCACCUCUGCACCCUCUCCUUCCCGGGCCGCCCCCGCUCGUGCGACGAACGUCAUUCUCUGCUGCUUCGUCUCGUCCGUCGUCGUCAUCCCCUCGCCCCGACGACUUCACCGUCCCCCGCCCCCCGACGCUGGCCCCGAGGUCGACGGAGGCGGUCGUCCAGCCCGAGACCAGCUCGGGCACCCUGCCGUCUGCCCCCUCUUCGUUCGCCUGACGCUUCGGACGGUGACGCGCUCCUCCUACCCGUCCUCGUCCUCGAAAACAUCACAUCACGGAUACGUCGCAGAUAAUACAUGCAGUCUCACAAAUCGCGCGCUUGGCGGUCGCAUCCAUUCUUCCCGGGCAGCCACCUUGGCACCUAACCACUCGUCCCAAAUCAUAAGGAAGAAAACAAGACAAGAGCUGGAGCCGUGGUGUGCUUGUGCCGUACGAGCACCGCCGCUGGAGUCGUCUACCUCAAACUUUGUCCUCGAGCCACUCGGCACCCGUCUCUGCCGCUCGUCUGCGACGGACCCAAUACCUGUCACUAACCCAUCCUUGGCCUUAGGUCCUGCUGACCUUGCGCCAAUUGUUAUUGUCCGCAUUCAGAUUGCGAAACGCAACUCGUCGUCGCAACCCCCGGCCGCCGCGACAACCAGCUUGACCGCUGAGUCCUCGCCGCCUCCUGACGCCGACGCUGACGCCGACCCUGACGCUGACGCUGACGCCGACGCCGACCCUGACCGACUCCUUCCGCUGCCCUCGACGCUGAGCUCGCCCGCGGCCGUCGACAUGUCCAGCUCGUUGCCCCUGGGGCCCCAGCCGGCUCCCCUGUCGGACAGUGUUCCGGCCCUGCCUCAAGCCUCGAGCAGUGCGCGGCCGGCGUCCGCCUCGACGCCCGUUCAGAACUCUUCCAGCUCCUUGCCGCCUCACAGCUCUUCCUCGUCGUUGCCUCCACCCUCGACGAGCUCCCUGCCUCCACCCGUGACGACGUCUUCCUCGAUCCCGGCCCCGCCGACGACGACGGCAUCCACCUCGUCGGCUUCGACGCCUGCGCCGCCCUCGUCGUCAUCGACCAACCCCCAAGCGGCAUCCUCUAGCUCGUCACCUGUAGUCGUCGUCACCCACAGCAACACCGCCGUCAGCACCCAGGUGAUCGUGGCCACGAGCACCAGUUUCAAGUCGCCUUCGCCGGCGUCGACGUCGAGCACCACAUCCUCGACGCCAACCCCCAUCGACCCGUCCGGUGCCGGCGACGGCGGCAUGGGCCAGGGAUCCAAGGUGGCCAUCGGCGUCGUCGUCCCCAUCGCCGCCAUCGCCAUCCUCGCCAUCGUCGGCCUGCUCUGGUGGAAGAAGCGAAGGGCGCGCCAGGAGGCCGAGGAGGAACGCCGCAAGGAGGUCGAGGAGUACGCCUACAAUCCCAACGCCGACCCCACCAUUCCCUCGGUCGGCCUCGGUCCCGACGCCCCAUACGAGAUGCGGGAGGAUGGCCCGUCGGGCUACCGCGGCUGGGGCUCGACGACGGCGGCAGGAUCCACGGGCCGCAAGCCGUCGACGACCAUGACGGGCGGCAUGACGGCCGCAUACUCUGAUGCCGCCUUCUCCGUCGCCACCUCCCCCGGUCGACGCAACGGCUCGGAGACGAGGUCGGGAGAGCACCUCUUGGAUGGAUCAUCCUCCCCCGACGGAGAGAUUCUCGGUGCCGCGGGACCCUCGGCGACCACUAGCCGCGGCACCGACGUCCGCCGAGGACCCUCGAACGCGUCUUCUUCCUACAGCGUGGCUGCCCGAUCCGAGGCCGGCUCCGAGAGCGGCGUCUACGGCAACGGCGGAACGCACUACGACCAGUACGGCCAAAAUCCCUACAGCGAGCCGAGGCCGCAGGAGGCUCCGGCUCAAGCGGUGAUCCGUGACAACCCCGCACGACGCAACACCCGCAUCGAGGGCCCCGCCCACUUCCCGCAGCAGAGCUCCGGCAUUGCUCAAAAUUUCUAA